AUGCCACGGCCUGGCAUGCCCGCGCCUUCGUGGCGAGCGGGCGUUUCGUCUGGGAAGUUUCCGUUGACUUGUUCCCUCUUUUCUGCUCUGCUGUUUCUUCUCUUUCUCCACUCCCAGCCAUGGCAACAGAGUGUAGAAGCAUCUCUCGCGACUCGCCGAAACGGCGGCGAAAGUCGCGGAGAAGAAAAAUCGGGAAACGAGAGGAAUGAGCAACCCUCUGAGCGGGAGAACGGCUUCGUCACCCUGGAGGAAGCCGAGAAGGGAGGGCGACAGGCCUUCAUUCCGAGUGACUAUACACCAGAAAAUCUCCGCAUUUCUCCCGAAGGCGCCGUUCGCUUCAUGUUCGGCUCAUGCAACCUCCAGCCCAUUGGAGGGGAGUGGCAGGUGGACGAAGAAGAUCGCCACAUGUGGAAUUUCAUCGCUAGCCGCAAACCGGACCUUUUUGCGCUUCUCGGCGACAACGUAUACGCUCACAACUUCCGGCACUUUGGCUUGGCGAACAGCAUUCGGUGGGACUGGAACAACCUCUCGUGGUCCGAGUUUAGACGCCGAAGAGCCGAAGUCACGCAGGCCUUCAGACGCCCCGCCACGAUCGACGAAAUGCGAGAAGCCUUCCAAAAUCAAACGUCUCACCGUGCCUAUCAGGAUUUUCUUCACACAGGCGUGCACGUGAUUGGGACCUACGACGAUCACGACUUGGGAGAAGACAAUCCGUCGAAACAUCAUCCUUUUAAAUACGAGGCGCGCGACAUCGUGCUGGAUUUUUUCAAUGUGCCGAAAAACUCUCCUCGUCGCUCGGUCUUUUGGGAUGGAGCCUACAGUUCACACAAGAUCCAAGUGGACGCCGGUUUCGCGUUUCGUGUGAUUCUUUUGGACUCGAGGUUCAACCGCGAUUCGUGGGCCUUGCUGCCUCACGGGGACAUUCUCGGGCACCAGCAGUGGACCUGGUUGGAGGAGGAACUGCGCAAAUCGAAGGAAGAAGGAGAUGCAGUCACCUUCAUUGCUUCCAGCAUUCAAGUCCUGCCGUCUCCCUUCAUCGCGACUGAAGCGUGGUCCAUCUUCCCCGACGCGAGAAGACGACUGUUGAACCUCAUCAUGGAUUCGGGUGUCCAGAUGCCCGUCUUGCUCUCCGGUGACGUGCACUUUGCCGAAAUAAAUCGCGUGCUGUGUCGUCCUCGCUUCUCCGUUUCGCCCGCGGGCUCCGAGCCGCGACCUGCGCCGGCUGGUGAGGAGACACAGGCGCCGACCUCGUCUCCUGUCUCCGCCGCGCAGUGCCUCGCUCCGUCUCCGUGGCAGCGCAUGGGUCUGUUGCUCGGGCGCCUCGACAGAGAGCGCGAACGCGAGGCAAGACACCACGGCGAGCGUCGCCGCGCCGCGGAGGCUGAAGACCGAGGUGGAAAUCAGGCGUCUGUCCCGAGGAACGCCCGGCAGGGCGAGUUGGGGGUUCCAGAGCACGCGUCUGAUCCUUCUGCCUUGUUCUCGCAAGGGUCCGUCGCGCAAGGGCCAAGAGAUAGCCUGCUGUCGGUGACGCCGUGGACAAGGCCGGGUCUUUUUGAGCGUCUCUUUCCGUCGCUUUCCUUCCUGUCGUCCUACGUCUUCAUGCACCUUUUUGCGCCGUCAGUUGCGGCGACCUUCUCGCUCUUCUCCGCUCCGCACCCUGUCGAGGAGUACCUGGACCUGCUGCGGGAAGGCCACGCGGAAGAACGGCGGCGCAGCGAGGGUAGCGGCGCCGAGGCGCGGCGAGACUGGAGGCGCGGCGUGGAAUUGAUCGAGGUUACUUCGAGCGGCCUGACCCACGGCGUCGAAGAAACUUUCCUCGCCGCAGCAGCGCCCGCCAGGCUCGCGGAGUAUGGACUGCAAAAGCUCCUGCCGCGGACCUCCACGACUCGCGACGACUUCUACGGCGAACGCCUCGUGUACACCCGUCGUAACGUUGGCGAUAUCCAGCUGGUGCGGAGUCCGUUGUUUCUUCUUCGAGAAGGCGAAGCAGCGGAGCCAGGAGCGGCGAGGCGCGAGAGGCGAGAGCAGGGAGAGGCGAAACGCGCGGGAGAGACAGAAGAUCGAGCGGCCUACGCCUCGCUUCUCGCUGCCGUCUCGUCUUCGUGCGGGAAGGGAGGCGAACGCGAUGCGGAGAGACUGUCUCCGUCCCUCGUUGACGCAGUCGGUGACUUCUUCGCGAAGAGUCCGGCGCGGUUUCACCUGCUGUUGUCGCUGUAUCGGCGGCUGCUCGCCGUCCACAGCCGGUCGCGGCACGAGGGCAGAGGGACAGGGCAAGCGAAGACGAAGCUGAACAUUUCGCCGCGCAAAUCUUGGGGCGCGUGUUCCCAAGGCUCGGCGACGCCGAGGCGACGCCCUCAGCGCGAGUGGGACGAAGAGGUCGGUUUGCAGAGCUCGGUCUGGUGCUGGGGAGACGAAGAGCAAGAGCCGUCAGGCGCGGCGAGCGAUGUUGUCGAGUACGGGAACCGCCCGACUUUCCCCUAUCCUCUCCUCCGAAACCACGCGUUCUUCUCGCUCCUCCUCACUGUCGAAGCUCUCCUUCACGUCUCGCUCCAGCGCCUCUCACGUACCUCCUCUUCGUCUGUCUCCUCUUCGUCGGUCUCCUCUUCGUGGACCGACGACAUCGCUGCCUUCUGUGUGUCCAGUCGGUCGCGCGCGCGGGAAGCGGUCGGCGGCGUCUUGCGUUUUCUGCUGGGUCGGCAGAAAGCGGAUUUCUCCGAACGCGACGCGGCGCACGCGCUCCGGCAACGGCGCCUGGCGCGGCUGCUCAGCUGGGCGUCUGCGCUGCGCAGCGAGUCUCGGCAGAUUUGCUCCGCGCUCGCGACCGUGCUGCCGGAGAAGGCGCCGGGCGAUCCGGGACAGAACAACACAGCGAGCACGCACGGCGAGAAGGACGACAGCCGAAUGCGGGCGCAGCGCGAGAAGGCCGUUUUGGAAGCUUUGACGCACGCCGUGUGUAGCGUUGAUGGUCGAGGCGAGCCUGGAGAGACUGAGGGCCACGGCGAGGAAAGCGAGCGCGAUUCACGCCACGUGGCCUGCGGACAUGUGGAGGAAGUUCUCGCUGCUCGCCUGUGGAUUAGCGUGGAGAUUUUCGCGCUGCCGUUCGGCGACCUCGUCCUCGAGACGUUUGUCUCGCCGUUCGCCUUCCAGGGCGCCCGCCGCCGGCUCCUCAGGCAACUGGAAGAAGAGAGUAGCGACGCAAGGGAAGAAAGGAGAGGGGAGAAAGGUGCGGCUAGUGCCGGGGAUGGCGCUGCGCUUUCUGGAGCGGCGAAGGCGAGGCGGGGCGAGGAGACAGGCCGCAGCGAGAGACACCAGCUGAGAGACUUGCCCCGUGCUCGGUGGUUCUGCGAGCCUCCGGAGGGGCCCGACCGGACGCCUGCGUACGUCGCCGCGGCCGUGCUUGUUCUGUUUCUCGUCCUUGUCCUUUUCUGCGCGCUGCUUCUUCGCGCUCUGGCGUGCUGUGCGCGAUGCGUCUGUGGGCGGAGACAGGAGAAGGUGGAGCGGCGGGGCGGGAAUCGAGGAGCGGAAACCGCAGUGCGUGAAGCGGCAGAAGAGCUAAAGCGUGGGAGCCGCGACGCCUCCACAAACCCCCGAAGACGGCGAAUGGCGUGA